GUUGGUUGAAAGAUAUAGGUCGAGUCAACUAGUAAAAGAGCCUCUUGCCCAUAUUUAGCGGGUCUGUCAUCGCGCGUGCGGGGACAUGGCGACUACCAGCCCGUGUGUCGUUAUCAGCGAUGAGGAACAGGGGUACGACCUGGACCUCUUCUGCAUACCGAAGCACUACGCAGCCGACCUGGAAAGAGUCUAUAUUCCACACGGUCUCAUCUUGGACAGGACCGAGCGGCUGGCCAGGGAGAUCAUGAAAGACAUGGGGGGGCACCACAUCGUGGCCCUCUGCGUUCUGAAAGGCGGGUACAAGUUCUUUGCAGACCUGCUUGACUACAUCAAAGCUCUGAACCGCAACAGCGACCGCUCCAUUCCCAUGACAGUGGACUUUAUUCGUCUAAAGAGCUACUGUAAUGACCAGUCCACAGGAGAAAUAAAGGUGAUUGGAGGAGACGAUUUGUCAACACUUACGGGGAAGAAUGUGUUAAUUGUGGAGGACAUCAUUGACACAGGGAAGACAAUGAAAACACUGUUGGAACUUCUCAAGCAGUACAACCCAAAGAUGGUGAAGGUAGCAAGUUUGCUAGUAAAGAGGACACCCAGGAGUGUUGGCUAUAGACCAGACUUUGUAGGAUUUGAAGUCCCCGACAAAUUUGUCGUAGGCUACGCGCUAGACUACAACGAGUACUUCAGGGAUUUAAAUCAUAUCUGCGUCAUCAGUGAAACAGGAAAAGAGAAGUAUAAAGCCUGAGAGGAGCCUUGCAACUUCCUCCUUUUUAAAAGCUCUGUUUCAUUAUUUUUUUUUUUUUUUUUUUUAUUAUGAUUAUGAUUAUUAUUAUUGAUGUCAUUCAUUUUUAUAUCUCUUGAUUUGUAUUUCUCACCGCUACAGCUGAACACCAAUAACACUGGCUCUCUUCUCAGAGCCCAGAGAGCAUCUGCUAAUAUUGCACUGUAAGCUAGCUACACACACCCAACCACCCACCUCCCAGUUCCCACAACCAAAUGUUGGACACACCCAAAUAUGAAACCGCAGACAAAUCACAGGAGAGCUGAGAGCAAGGUCCCUGACUCUGCUCUGGGUUUAAUGAGCAUGUGCACCUAAGUAAUAUUACGUGAGCAACAGUUUAAAACAGUCGUAUCAUAUGAUUUUACGAUGGAACUCGUUGGAAAUUUAAAAAAAAAAGAAAAAAAAAAGAUAUAUUUAAAUGACAUAAUUUCAGAUCUAGGUUUUCGAGUCAUCAAAUGAAUUCCUCAAACUGAUUGUGCUUGGACUGUGUAAACAAGGGGGAAAAAAAAUCUUAAUUUUUAAUUUUUUUUUUACCCCUUCCAAAGGUAUCAUUCAUAGAUUUUAGAUUUCCUUGUAACACAACAUCUCAUCAAAAAUAAUGUGGAGAACACAUUAAUGAUAGGCAUGUAUCUCAUGUCAGAGAGUGGGUGAGCUUGUCCUAUCACAUCCUGAUAACAUAAGGCCAAAAGAUAAUCCCGGAGUCCUGGCUUUGCUGUUCAUAGUUGUUUUCAAGGACUGUUUUUUUUCCGUAAAUACAUUUCUUGCGUGUGCAAUUAAAUGAUGAAAUGAUGUGAUUUAUUAUUAUUUUUUUUUUAAGUUGUGUCUUUUUUUUCUUCCAUCUCAUGAAUGUUGUAAAGCCUUACAUGCUAAGUGGCAGGAUCGUGAGGUUACAUCAGUUGAUCUGUCGAGAGAAAAACAGUCGAGCCUUUUUGAUUUCAAUAGUAUCCUGACAUGCGUUUCAACCCUUUAUUGAAUACAGGGUAUGAUAAACAUGGAGCGUCAUUUGAAGAAAGACUGUUUCUUUGGUAACAAUGAAUGCGGCUAAUGAGGUUUAUAUGUUGGAACAGAUUUCUCGGGGCCCGGUGCAGCGCCCAGAUCCUGUUGCAGUACAAUUCAAACUGAUCACUUGAUUGUGUGAGGUGCUACGUUGCAAAGACUAUAAUUUAGUUUAGGGUUUUGUUUUGUUUUUUUGUUUUGUUUUUUUUUUUAGUUAGAUGUAGAAAGAAUACAUUUCUGUAAGAAAUUACAACAUUCACAAAUUACAGGCAAUCAAGAGAAUGGUGAGCCCACUGCCUUGCCACAUCACUUGUAACAAUAUGAGACUGUGUCCCAUACCUUUUCUUCCACAUACGCCUUUUCAAAAUGGAUUUGUUUGACUUUAAUGCAACUGUGUUACUGAACAUGGUCGCAGAAAGCAUGAUGUGGUAUUGAUCAUACACAAUAAAUAAUUCCCUUUCA